GACAGUGUUACUGGAGGACCCAGCGCAUCCCAGCAUACACACGGUACUGGAGACUGAGGGCAUCCCAGCAUAUAUACACACUGACUACUACCGGAGCCGCCAGCGCAUACCAGCAUCUCCCGCCACCACAAGCUGAACAUCCAGGAUCAUCCGACAGACCGAGGGGGGAAAACACUCUUUCUUUUUUUAAUCCUUUGGGUGUGUGAUGUUGUUUCUCGCCGGGCUGUGAACAGUGGAUACGCUGCCAUGUCAAAGUGCACUGAAUUAUUUAUAGGCGUGCGUGUCUUGUUGUGUGACAGCUCUGCCCUAAAAGCAUUUUAUUAGACGCCUCUUCCAGCAGUGACUGGCACACGACGCUCUUCUCCUCGGCCGAUGCGUCACUUCCAAGAGCGCCGGGACAACCACGCCGGCUCCGGUCCUCUCGUCUGAGCCGAUCUGCAGCUUCCUGUGUUGAAAUCUACAUUUUGGUUGAAUUCGCGCGUUUUGUCUCCGGAUGCACUAAAGGACUGCUUUAUUUGUUCAUUUCCUUUUGGCUUUUUCCACCUGAGAAAGAGAGAGAGAGCGAGGACGCUGUCGCCAUCCAUUCCUGUCUGUUUUUUUUUUUUUUUUUUUUUUGGACGCUGAGCCUUUUUACGCAUGCAGGGAGAAAUCUGUGGUGACACCUGAUCGACUGGCUUCUCCGCGCACAUUGACCCGGGAGCUCCAGGCGAAUCAAGGGGAGGGAGAAAGCAGAUAACUCGGUCAAUGCUCGGCCUGUGCUGUUGAUUUUGUUUGUGUGUGUGUGCGCGCUUCAUCUGUGGGGUUUGUUGUAGCCCAGCCAAAGCCAUGGUCCACUGCGCCGGCUGCGAGAGGCCUAUCCUGGACCGCUUUCUGCUCAACGUGCUGGACAGAGCCUGGCACGUCAAGUGCGUGCAGUGCUGCGAGUGCAAAUGCAAUUUAACUGAGAAAUGUUUUUCACGAGAGGGAAGACUGUACUGCAAAAAUGAUUUCUUUAGGCGGUUUGGCACGAAGUGUGGCGGCUGUUCGCAGGGCAUCUCUCCAAACGACUUGGUCCGGAGGGCCCGGAGCAAAGUGUUUCACCUCAACUGCUUCACCUGCAUGAUGUGCAAUAAGCAGCUCUCCACCGGAGAGGAGCUCUACAUCAUAGACGAGAAUAAAUUCGUUUGCAAAGACGAUUAUAUCAACAACACCAGUGUAAAAGACACCAACCUCCUCUCAGUAACGGCGUGCAGCGACCCGAGUUUAUCACCGGACUCUCAAGACCAGCUACAGGACGACGUGGUCCUAAAGGACACGGAGAUAGCCGCCCUGUCCGACAAGGAGACGGUUAACAACGAGAACGACGACCAGAACCUCGGAGGGAAGCGGCGCGGCCCGCGGACCACCAUCAAGGCCAAGCAGCUGGAGACGCUGAAGGCGGCGUUCGCUGCGACCCCCAAACCCACCAGACACAUCAGGGAGCAGCUGGCCCAGGAGACCGGCCUCAACAUGAGGGUCAUCCAGGUCUGGUUCCAGAACCGACGUUCCAAAGAGAGGCGCAUGAAGCAGCUGAGCGCGCUGGGCGCCCGGAGGCACGCGUUUUUCCGCAGCCCGAGGCGGAUGAGGACGCUGGUGGACCGGCUGGAGCCCGGGGAGCUCAUCCCCAACGGGCCCUUCUCCUACUACGGAGAUUAUCAAAGUGAGUACUACGGCCCGGGAGGGAACUACGACUUCUUCCCUCAGGGGCCUCCGUCGUCGCAGGCCCAGACCCCAGUCGAUCUCCCCUUCGUGCCCUCCUCAGGCCCCACGGGCACCCCCCUCGGAGGUAUGGACCACCCCCUGCCGGGCCACCACCCCUCCAGCGAGGUGCAGCGCUUCUCCGAUAUCAUGUCCCACCACCCUGGGGACUCUCCCAGCCCAGAGCCCGGAAUCCCGGGGCCCCUGCACAGCAUCUCCUCCGAGGUGUUCGGCCCCAGUCCGCCCUUUACCUCACUGUCGCUGAACGGCAGCGGAUACAACAACCACCUGUCCCACCCGCCCUCGGAAAUGAACGAGGGCACCGUGUGGUAGCUUUUUGACCGAGCAGACUUUACUGGUGACAGAUUCGGUGACGGAGGAGGGUGGUGAGGUCUGGUGGUGUUGGGGGCUGGAAUCCAGAACAGGGACAUGGAUAUCAACAGGGUUAGGGCAACACCAUUGAAUCAUUAUGAUUUUUUUUUUUUUUUUUUUUUGGUGUUUUCAUAUUUAUUUAUUUAUUUUCUCACAUGAUUUGUUGAUCUCUGUGGGGAAAGCGUAUCUGGCAUAAAAAUUAUGCGCAAAAACAUUGUCUUUAGUAUUGUGUUUGGGUGUUUCAAUCGCUUCUUUUGCCCACUCCCUGCAUCCAAAACUGGACUUGAAAAAAAAAGAAAGAAAAACAACAACAAAAAAAAAACAACAAAAAACAAACAAACAAAAAAAAAAGACAAAAAAUGAGCAAGACUGCUGAACUGCCCCUAUUCGCCCCCUUUCCUUGGGCCCCCCGGGGCUCCCUGUCGCCCCUCCUGAGUCCUGUCAGCGGCCCGGCAUAACGACCAAACCCCCUAACAUUUAAAGCUGGGGUAGAAAACAACCCUUCUGAAAUCUCCUAUUGUAUGUUCGGAACACGAAAACAUCAUUAGCUACUGUCAAAGACUUCAAUAGCUUUACAGAGAGAAUAAAGGGGCUGAGGAUUGGUUGUGUGCUGACCUGGCACUGUAGGAAGGCUGAGCAGCAUUCAGACUAUGUUCGAGGCACUAGACAUGGCCCUUGUAUUUAUUCAGAAGCUCCUCAGACCUCUUUGCCUCUCAAGGCUCUGCCAUAUUGACACUUAACCUUUUUGACACUAUGUUUCCGAAGGCCAGAGGAUAUGACAAUUUUUUCCUCCGUCUGGACUAUUUGUUUCCUCCUUUCUUUUUUUUUUUUCUCCUUUUCUUAAUUUCAUAAUUUCCACCAAAUCUGAAGAAGGUCGCCUUCAAAAGGCAAACAGUAAAACCCUCUAUGGAUUGCAAACCCUUUAUUUAAAAUGGAAGUGAACUUGAAAUGUUGAAAUGAAGUCUACCUUCUAAAAAUCUUCUACCGGGGUUCUAAAUAUGGGACUUAGAACAGUCAACUGUUUACGUAACCUAUUUAAUUCAGGAGUCCAGAAGUCUCGAAAAACCUUGUUUUAGAACCUCUUGAUCCAUAUAAAAAUGUUCCAAGCAACCAACCAAACUUUUGUAUUGAUUUCAUUUAUAUUGUAUGGAGAUAAAAACACAUUUGCUGGGGUUGUGGUUCACUGUGCUAGUUUGUACAAGAUGUUGUUUACAAAAAAAAGGUUGAAAAAAAAGAAUAAAAAACAAAAGUAAAGUAGACAUUUGCCAAAUUAAAAAAAAAAAAAUAGCACAAAUACUGUUAAAGUGCUUUGCACCAUUAUCUGCAGAAUGUGUUGAGACAAAAUGUAAGUGUUAAAAGGAGUAAUUGACUUCUUAAUUUUUUAGUCUGCUAAUACAUUCAUAAAAUUGUUAAUAUAACAUACUUAGACAGGUUUUAUUUUUGUGUCUUCAAAGGAGAAAAAUCCAAGCUAUUAAAAAUUGAUGGUCAAAUAUGCAGCUAGUAGCUGCUACAUCUCUUUGAAUAUCAAGCCCUCAUGAUAUGUCUUUUAAUGUUCCAAUAAACCUAAGCUUAUGUGACCUCCAGUGCAUAUUAGACCAUUCACUGUAUAAAUACAACAUGUUGACAAAAAUGUGUUUCUAAUAAAACUAGAAAAUAUG